AUGCCCCAGGUAGGUGGCAGGCCACUCAGCCGCCUGGAGAGGUCACAGUGGGGGAUGAGGAGGACAGCUUGGUCUUCACUUCCGCCUUGCCCGACAGCCUCCCACUGGGUGAGCCUGGCCAAGCCGGCAGCCUCCUGGGUGCCUGUUUCUUUUUCUGGUCCUGGCACUGCCUACCAAAGGGAAAAGAUGUUCUUCCCAGUAUGCACCUUCCCUAGUCACUGGUCCAGGGGAUCAGGGGCAGUUAGCAAAGACAGGACCCCCUCUCCAACACGGCACCAGGCCCAUAUUCUGGUGCCGCUGAAAAUCCAGCUCCGCAGGGUCCCUGACUCCUUCAGCCAGCAGAUGCCUGAAACAAGCUACCCGACCCGGGUGGGGCCUGACAUCCAGUGCUGGCCUGAGUCGUGGGGGAUGGACUCACUGCAGAAGCAGGACCUCCGGAGGCCCAAGAUCCACGGGGCAGUCCGGGCAUCUCCCUACCAGCCGCCCACAUUGGCUUCGCUGCAGCGCUUGCUGUGGGUCCAUCAGGCUGCCACACUGAACCAUAUCGAUGAGGUCUGGCCCAGCCUCUUCCUGGGAGAUGCGUACGCAGCCCGGGACAAGAGCAAGAUGAUCCAGCUGGGAAUCACCCACGUUGUGAAUGCCGCUGCGGGCAAGUUCCAGGUGGACACAGGUGCCAAAUUCUACCGUGGAAUGUCCCUGGAGUACUAUGGCAUCGAGGCAGAUGACAACCCCUUCUUCGACCUCAGUGUCUACUUUCUGCCUGUUGCUCGAUACAUCCGAGCUGCCCUCAGUGUUCCCCAAGGCCGCGUGCUGGUACACUGUGCCAUGGGGGUAAGCCGCUCUGCCACACUUGUCCUGGCCUUCCUCAUGAUCUAUGAGAACAUGACGCUGGUAGAGGCCAUCCAGACGGUGCAGGCCCACCGCAAUAUCUGCCCUAACUCAGGCUUCCUCCGGCAGCUCCAGGUUCUGGACAACCGACUGGGGCGGGAGACGGGGCGGUUCUGAUCUGGCAGGCAGCCAGGAUCCCUGACCCUUGGCCCAACCCCACCAGCCUGGCCCUGGGAACAGCAGGCUCUGCUGUUUCUAGUGACCCUGAGAUGUAAACAGCAAGUGGGGGCUGAGGCAGAGGCAGGGAUAGCUGGGUGGUGACCUCUUAGCGGGUGGAUUUCCCUGACCCAAUUCAGAGAUUCUUUAUGCAAAAGUGAGUUCAGUCCAUCUCUAUAAUAAAAU